ACCAAACUUCACAGUACGGUGGAUUCACAAAAAUGGUGAUUAAAGCGAUCCUUUUAUUUAUUGCUCUAUUCUGCGCUGCCCAGUGCAACCCCAUAUUGCCAACAAUCUGCGAACACAUACCAAAUGUCAUCAAUCCAGGAUCGACCACCGUCUGUGAAUCAACUCCAAACCUCAUCGGAUAUGGGUCCAUGGGCUUGGGACCCUUGGGUAUGAACAUGAUGCCAGGCGGAACGACAACUGUUUGCGAAUCUACGCCGAACUUUCCAUAUGGUAUUGCCCCUUAUGCCCCAUAUCCGGCAAUGGCAGGUGGAGCAACAACUGUCUGUGAGACUGCACCGAACUUUCCGUACGGUCUUAGCCCGUAUGCCCCUUUCAAUCCUAUCACAGGCGGGGCCACGACUGUGUGCGAGACUGCUCCAAAUUUCCCCUAUGGUCCUUACCCAUAUGCACCAUUCAAUGGUAUGCCAGGUGGAGCAACAACUGUGUGUGAGACUGCCCCAAACUUUCCCUACGGUCCCUAUGCACCAUUUAAUCCGAUAGCAGGCGGAGCGACUACCAUCUGUGAGACCGCACCGAAUUUCCCAUACGGUCUCGCCCCGUAUAGCCCAUACCCAACAAUGGCAGGCAGCACAACAGUGUGUGAGUCCACUCCAAAUAUUGGCCUACCUAUGCCAUUUAGUCCGUACGCCAACUAUUACAAUUUGCCAUUGCCAGCAGCCGGUAUGGCUACGGUCUGUGAAUCGACUCCCAAUAUUUAUGGAUCCCCGUAUGGCAUGCUAGGAGGACUGCCCUUUGGGAAAGGACUACCAAUGCUCGGGGGCAUGGCGUUCGCCUUGUGAUCUAACAAUUUAAACAAUAUAAUUAACACUGUGUUUGAUCAUUCGGUGUCUUUUUCA